CUCGUUGGAUGGUACGCUGCUCUGUACGAGAUCAACAGGCUGUCGCUACCCCCUUUCCCUACUCCCCCUCACGCUCCUUCCCAUCCACGCUCCUUUGCACCACACUCACAACACACCCACACAUUCGUUUUAGUUGAAGAAGAAGAGAAGAAAGAUGAAGCUCGCGACACUGCUGUUGCCCGUGGCGCUGGCCAUGGCCAUGGCCGGCGCCGCCGUCGGCUCGCUCGAGCAGGGCGCCAAGUCGGGCAUGCAGCGCCGCGCCUCGAACCACCGCCGCGUACUGACGGCGUUUGAAAAGACCCUCGAGACCAACCCGGAGGUCGACGGCGUCGUGGCCAACAUCACCAGGCGCGCCGGCGCGCUCCGCUUUCCCUUUGGCGGGCCCCAGCUCGGCGGCCAGACGGUCCGCGGUGUCUCGAUUGGCGGGUGGCUCGUAAUUGAAAACUUCAUCACGCCCUCGGUCUUUGACGCGACGGGCCCCGACUCCAACGGCAUCGUCGACGAGUGGACUUUCGGCUCGAAGCAGUCCAAGGCAAAGGGCACCGCCAUCCUGCAAAAGCACCUCAACACCUUCAUCACCGAGGCCGACUUUGCCGAAAUCGCCCAGGCGGGCCUCAACCACGUCCGCAUCCCCAUUGGCUUCUGGGCCUUUGACGUUCAGGGCAACGAGCCGUACCUGAAGCUCAACCAGUGGGACCUCCUCAAGCAGGCCGCUGUGUGGGCCGGCAACCACAACAUUCGCGUCCUCGUCGACCUCCACGGUGUGCCGGGCAGCCAGAAUGGCUUUGACCACAGCGGCCGGCUCGGCGGCAGCCACUUUGCCGACAAGCAGUCGUACAUCGACCGCGCGCUGGCCAUCAUCGAGACAAUGGCCACCGAGUUUGCCAAGACAAAGUACAGCAACAGCGUCGCCUCGAUCGAGGUCGUCAACGAGCCGCUGGGCGUGCCGACGGACACGCUGAAAAAGUACUACAAGGACGCGUACGCGCGCGUGCGCAAGCACACCGACGCCAUCGCCGUCGUCAUUUCCGACAAGUUCAUCGACCCGUCCAACUCGGCCUGGGCCUCGACCUGGAAGGGCUUCAUGACCACGGGCUACGACGCCGUCAUUGAGGACAGCCACCAGUACACCGUCUUUAGCGAGGGCCAGAUCCAGAUGAAUGCGCAGGCGCGCCAGGACUCGUACUGCGCCAAGGCCAGCUCGCUGCAGAGCGCCAACCGCGACAAGUGGCAGGUCGUCGGCGAGUGGACCGCCGCCUUUACCGACUGCGCACGCAGCCUCAACGGCCGCGACAAGGGCGCCCGCUACGACGGCACCUUUCCCGGCGUCAAGAGCAAAAAGGGCAGCUGCGGGCCCAAGCGCGGGCCGGCGAGCAACUUCAGCCAGGGCUACAAGGACCUCCUGGCGCGCUUCUUUGCCGUGCAGAAGGAGGCCUACGAGAAGGGCAGUGGCUGGAUCUACUGGACGUGGAAGACGGAGGGCACGGGCGAGGACUGGAGCUACCAGGCCGGCAUCAAGUACGGCUGGAUCCCCGCGCAGGCCGAUGGGUCUGUCAGCAACUACCACUGCUGAUCUCCCGGCUUCUCUCCUUUUAUCCCUCCCUCUUGGUAUUCCCCUUCCAUAUCCUCUUUUCUCUCUCUUUUUCUCUCUCUCUCUUCAUGUAAUGGAUCUUCCUUCUUCCCCCAUCUCUUCACGAGCAGGCUCCUCACUCGGACUAUUCAAUGGGAAUGAAGAUAGAUGCGGGGCUCUCUGCAUUUUACACGAGGACGGC